UUGUGAAUAAUCAAAAACUAUCACCUAUCAGAUAUUUCAUACACUGCAAGCAAUAGCGAUGUCACCCUUGCUCUGUUUCCUCUCACUCUUAUCCAUUUUAUUAUUUUCUUUCUUGAUCUUCUUUAAGAAACUCAAAAGUGGGAAGCUUCCUCCGGGACCACAGAAGCUUCCGAUCAUUGGAAACUUACACAACCUCAACGGACUGGCUCACACAUGUUUUCAAAACCUCUCCCAAAAGUUCGGACCAGUGAUGCUUCUCCGUUUAGGAUAUGUCCCCACGGUCGUGAUCUCAUCGAGAGAAGGUGCAGAGGAAGCUCUCAAGACCCACGAUCUUGAAUGUUGCAGCCGACCAGAGACUGUCGCGACCAGGAUGCUCUCGUACAACUUCAAAGACAUCGGGUUCGCGCCUUAUGGUGAGGAAUGGAAAUCUUUAAGAAAGCUCGUGGUUAUGGAGCUCUUGAACGCGAAGAAGCUCAAAUCGUUCAAGUAUAUUAGAGAGGAAGAGAAUGACAUUUUGGUCAAGAAACUGAGAGAGUGUGCACUGACGGGAUCACCCGUGAAUCUUACGAAGGCCCUUUUCACGCUGGUUGCGAGCGUCGUGUGUAGGCUCGCGUUUGGUAUAGAUAUUCACAAGUGCGAGUUCAUCGAUGAGGACAACGUUGCGGAUCUAGUUCAUAAGUUUGAGUUGCUCAUCGAUGGUUUUGCGUUCUCUGAUUUCUUCCCUGGAGUGGGUUGGUUUAUCGACCAGAUAUCAGGACAGAACAAGACACUGAACAAUGUUUUCUCGGAGCUAGACACGUUCUUCCAGAAAGUGCUCGAUGAACAUCUGAAGCCUGAAGGAAGAGUAUCAGAGAGCCCUGAUGUCGUUGACGUGAUGGUUGAUCUGAUGGAGAAGCAAGGGAAAGACGGUGACUCGUUCAAGCUCACCACAGAUCAUUUCAAAGGAAUCAUCUCGGACAUAUUUCUAGCAGGUGUAAACACAAGCGCCAUCACUCUAGCCUGGGCCAUGACAGAGCUGAUCCGAAACCGUAGAGCAAUGAAGAAAGUACAAGACGAGAUUCGGACAACACUCGGAGACAAGAAGGAGAGACUCACAGAAGAUGAUCUCAGCCAGCUUCACUACUUCAAGCUCAUGGUCAAGGAAACAUUCAGAUUACACCCAGCUGCUCCUCUUUUACUUCCAAGAGAGGCAAUGUCUGAGAUCAAGAUCCAAGGCUAUGACAUCCCAGCUAAAACCCAGAUGAUCAUCAAUGUAUACUCGAUCGCACGCGAUCCAAAAAUUUGGACAAACCCAGAUGAGUUUAAUCCUGAUAGGUUUCUGGAGAGUUCGAUAGAUUACAAAGGACUGAACUAUGAGCUGUUACCAUUUGGGUCUGGUAGGAGAAUAUGUCCAGGGAUGAUGAUGGGGAUAGCUAACGUGGAAAUGGGAUUGUUGAACUUGCUCUACUUCUUCGACUGGGGAAUGCCUGAAGGGAAGACUGUGAAUGACAUGGACUUGGAAGAAACUGGAUCCAUCAUUGUCAGCAAGAAAGCAACUCUUGAGCUUGUUCCAUUUAUUAAUAACUGACAUGACUAUCAUGAAGCAAAUCAUUUUGUGUUUUGAUUUUGCAUCAUAUUAUUAUAAUAAAGAAAUUGAACUCAGCUUCUUAUAGUUUUGAUU